AUGGACGUUCCACUGCGCCUUCGACUGGCCUACGCCAACUGCCUCAAUAAUGUCUACUGCGACAGGAGAAAUGUAAGAUGCGACGCCAAACCUCUCUCCUGUGACUUGUCGUACACCAGCAGAGGCGCUGAGCACGACGGGCGGCACUGGCUGAGCUCGCUGGUGGCGUCGGUCGGGUCGAACCAGUCCGAGGAAGCCUUGCUGCAUACCGACCUAGCGGUCAGUGCCUCUCUCCUUUCCCCACUCGUGGCCACAGAAUUCAUGGAAGCGAGAGCACCGCAAUCGUCGUACAACGCAGACCCGCAACUGCAAGGCUGCCUUGAGAAGAGGGAAUCUGUUGACCAGUUAGCCGCUCCUUCUCCGCGGCCGUCUGAUAAUAUCGGUGCAGCUCCUUUCUCCCCGCGUACAGAAAGCCCAGUCGACGAGAUGCCGCCAGAAUCGCCGCACACGCCAUUCGCCACUUUCAGCAAGACUGCCCCAUUACCUCCUGCUAGUCCUUUCGGGCCCGACACACAGGAAGCGACAAGGGUGGAAUCAGCGGUGCAGGCAAACGUCGCUGCGCAGGUGGAAGCCGACGCGGCAGCACGCGCACACACGGUGCGCGUCAACGAGGAACUGGCUGGAACGCACGAGGCCUUGCUCGCCAACGUCGCAACCGCCCUCGAGCGGCGCCUGCGCGAGUGCGUAUUGAAAACAGUCGCACUCGACGACGCACAGCAGCAGCUCAUCUGUGCCUUCCAGCUUCGGUCAUCCAUGUCUCCUGCAUCGCCGUCUCCUCAUCCUUUACCUGUGAUUCCGUCAACUGCGGAAGCCUUUCACGCGAGUUCUGCACCGCCAACCCGAGACCAGCUGACGAAGCAAGCAGCACCCGCACGAACCGAUGUCUCCUCGUGCGCGACAGCGAAACAAGAUGCAGCCAGUGGCGAAGUGGCGGAUGGGCCUGCUGCGAAGCCCGCUGCCGUUGAUGCCGCGGCACCUCUCCCUUGGCUUUCGGCGAACCGGACGGACGCCUCUCUCUCCGAUGACGUGAAGAAGGAAGUAGCGCUGCACCUUUACGCCUUGAGCCGCCAAGUGCAGCAGCUGCGCAGCCACCUCGAGGCGCACGAGUCGACGCACUACCGACACGUGAACGCGUUGCGCGCAGCUCAGAGGCAGCGACGAGGGUGUGCGUCGCUGCCUCUUCGAGUUGAGAUCAUCAAGGGGUACGAAGACGACCCCGUACCGUACCGUAAGGGGCCUUGGAGAGAAGCCGAUUUUGCUGCCGCACGGCGCGGUGGGCAGAAUCUCAGCGCAGGCGGCAUGAGGGGGGAUGCCGCAAGUGACGAGAGUUACAUCUCUGACGACUUCACGGAGGUCACCUCGGCUACGUCGUCUGUCGUGCGCAUCGGCACCGGGCGAGUAAGCGACGGUGUGGGGGGCGAUGACGGAAGCAGCAGCACUGUCAGCAGCACCGAGGAGCUUUUCCGACAACGACAGGCUGCUGCGCUCAGGGUGCGGAACCAGCAAAUGGUGGCACGCAGCGUCGCCGUGAACGCGGCAUCUUCGUCACGCAAUCGCAUGAGCGACAGCAGCACUGACUACUCCAGUUCUUUGGCGAACACCGCGAUGACGACGGACACGCGCAGUACUUCGAGGCCCACCACCACAACCUCGACAGACGACGACUCGGACAGCGACUAG